AGCGGGUUUGAUUAGUGAUGCCUGGAGACUCAGACCGGCGCAGUGGAACCCGGAGGAAGCGGAUUGACAGUCUGCAGGGCGGCGGAAGUUCUCCGCAUCCUCAGCUGUAAACACACCGGUGAGUUUCAGCGCAGAAACCAAGAACUAUGUGUCUUCCUUAGACUCCUCGGACAGGAGGACACUGGUCUCCAUGGUAACGCAGCAGCCUCAGCUGCCAUGUCCUCCUCCGUCUCCGUGUCAAUGUCGGCCACUUGCAGCCAAGACGCCGCCGCCGCUGCCAUCUUGGCCUCGGAGCGCUACGCCAGCCUCAUCCUGGCCCAGAUGAACAAGAUGCGUCUCCGCUGCGACUUCUGCGACGUGGGACUCAGCGUGGGCGGGCGCGUCUUCAGAGUCCACCGGCUGGUGCUCGCCGCCAGCAGCCCCUACUUCUCCGCCUUGUUCUCCGGCGGGAUGCGGGAGGCGGAGAAAGACGAGGUGCAGAUCAUCGGCGUGGACACGGAAAUCUUUGAGAUUCUGCUGGACUUCAUAUACACAGGAGCGAUCAGUGUCAGCGUGGAGAACGUUCAGGAGCUGAUGGUGGCCGCCGACAUGCUGCAGCUGAUCGAGGUGGUGUCGAUAUGCGGCGAGUUUCUCAAGGGCCACAUGGACCCCUUCAACUGCGUGGGCAUCUUUCAGUUUCUGGAGCAGAUCGCCUGCAUGGAAAUGCUGGAAUUUACCGAGAACUACAUCCACGUUCACUUCCUGGAGGUGUGCGUCACGGACGAGUUCAGAGGCCUGUCGAAGGGCCAGUUGGUGAGGCUUCUGCGGAGCGAGGAGCUGAGGAUCGAGGACGAGUACCAAGUGUUCACGGCGGCCAUGGACUGGGUCCUGCACGACGUGGCCAAGAGGAAAAAACACGUCGUUGAGGUGCUGGAAGCCGUCCGCUUCCCUCUGCUCUCCCCUCAGAGGCUCUUCAAGUACAUAGAAGGUAUUACCGACUUCAGCCUGCGGGUGGCACUGCAGACCCUGCUGAAGGAGUACACUGAGGUCACAAAGUCUCCCAAAGAAAAUAAGCUGCACAGUCAGCUCCAACCGGCAAAGACGAGACCCAGGAGGAAAGCUAGGAAGUACCUCUACGCAAUAGGCGGCUACACCCGGCUGCAGGGCGGCCGCUGGAGUGACAGCCGAGCACUGAGCUGCGUGGAGCGCUUCGACACCUUCAACCAGUACUGGACCACCGUGUCGUCUCUGCACCAGGCCCGCAGCGGGCUGGGCGUGGCCGUCAUGGAGGGCAUGAUCUACGUGGUGGGAGGAGAGAAAGACUCGAUGAUUUUUGACUGCACAGAACGAUACGACCCGGUGACGAAGCAGUGGGCCGCCGUGGCGUCUCUGAAUUUCCCUCGAUGUGGAGUUGGCGUGUGUCCCUGCCACGGGGCGCUGUACGCACUCGGUGGUUGGAUCGGAUCGGAGAUCGGGAAAACCAUGGAGCGAUACGAUCCGGAGGAAAACAAGUGGGAGGUCAUCGGGAACAUGGCGGUUCCCAGAUAUUACUUUGGCUGCUGUGAGCUACAGGGGUUAAUCUAUGUGAUUGGUGGGAUCAGCGAUGAAGGAAUGGAGCUGCGCUCAGCAGAGGUUUAUGACCCCAUCUCGCGUCGUUGGAGCGCCCUGCCGGUGAUGAGCCAGCGUCGGGCCUAUGUGGGCGUGGCCUGCCUCAACAACUGCAUAUACGCGGUGGGAGGCUGGAACGAGGCGCUGGGCGCUCUGGAGACGGUGGAGAAAUACUGUCCUGAGGAGGAGAAAUGGGUGGAGGCGGCCCCGAUGUCCACGCCGCGCGCGGGCCUGUCGGUGUCGGCCGUCAACGGGCUGCUUUACGCCGUGGGCGGACGCGCCGCCAGCAGGGACUUCUCGGCACCCGUGACGAUGGACUCUGUGGAGAUCUACGACCCGCACCUGGACACGUGGACCGAGGUCGGCAACAUGAUCACCAGCCGCUGCGACGGCGGGCUGGCCGUCCUUUGACGGCCGCCGCUUUUGAAAUGUGAACAUCGUGGGAGGCGAAGGAAACCGUGGAAACGUUGCACCUUAAAACUCCAAAAAAAGAGGGUUGAUGCUGUUUCUACGCGUCUCCUUUUUAAUUGCACAGCUCUGGAAAGUGCCAAACCGCUCUUCUUAUCUUUAGUAAAUCGUUUGACUUGGAACAGAGAGUGAUAUCAAGCGUGUUGUACGAACUCUAGACAUGGCUGACAAGGGCAGUCGCCCAGGGCACCGAGUUUUGGGGUGUUUUCAUUAUUCCCCUUCACAGGGGCGCCCCAAAGAUUUGGGAUGUUUUUGUAAUGAAUGCAUGUUUUACAAGCAUUGUACCUGAUGUAAAACUGGAAGGCCCAGAUGAAGUGCAGAGUUUUAAUAUUGUUACAUUCUUAUUAAUAUAUACAAUAGUCACAUUUUUCAAAAUGUUGACAUUAUGGUACAUUUUUUUGUGACAUUUUAAACCAUCUGCUGAUGCACCUAUUAAUGUACUGUAAUUUGCAUGAGUCAAAUUGUUCUCUUUUUGUUGUUGUUUUUUUGGAUAAGACACAAAAAC